AUGGGUAACAGAGGUAAAGGUAAAGGAGGAAAAAAUAGAAGAAGAGGAAAGCAUGAAAACUACUCUCAAAAGAGAGAGCUUGUACUCAGAGAAGAGGACCAGGAAUACGCACAAAUCACAAAGAUGUUAGGUAACGGACGUGUUGAAGCAACAUGUUUUGAUGGAGAGAAGAGAAUUGCACAUAUCCGAGGAAAAUUGAGAAAGAAGGUUUGGAUGCAGCAGGGAGAUAUUGUAUUGGUUGCAUUAAGGGAUUUCCAAGAUAAACAAUGUGAUGUGGUGCACAAAUAUAACUCUGAUGAGGCCAGAACGUUGGUUUCAAUGGGCGAAUUACCGGAAGGUGCUAAGAUCAACCAAACCGGUACGUUUGAUAUGGACGAGGAUGAGGACGCCAACUUUGAGUUUGGCACUGGAAGUGCAGACGAUACUGAUGAGGAAUUGGAUAUUGAUAAUAUUUGA